AAUUAUUCUGCUUUGUGAAUCAUAUCAGCUACACAUAUCAAAUAACUCAAAGAAAAGAGCUCUGAGAUACCAACCAACGAGUAGGGGAAAAGAAAUUGCUCAGAAAGGUUUAUAAAUGGGUUCAUCUGACUGCCUGGGACUUCUCUCUCUGGAUGAAUGCAAAAUUUCUUGUGACGCAGAUUAUGAGGUAUGGGAAGAAAAGAAACUUGAUUCAACGAUGCCGUGGAUUGGCAUGUAUAUUGCAGCAGCUUCUGUAGUCUGCUCACUUGCAAUGGCAGCUGAUGCCUUCUGUGGAUUCAGAAACAAAAGGCUCUGGUUCCCGUGUAAGUACUUCUCUCUGAAUGCAACUUCGUUGACCCUAUUAGCUGUCACAUUGAAGUUGCCAGUGGAUAUUACUGCUACUGCUUUGGGCACUUACGAUAAGAUAGCUUGGAUCAGUAGCCCCAUAUUGAUGUCAACAUCUAUGGGAAAUUUCAUGACAGCUUUGGGAUCCAUCAAUGGAGCUCAUAUAAGGAUGCCAAUAGUGUACAAAGGAUUUAGAAGGAUUGAUUCUGUCUAUGAUUGGUCCAUCGAUUGGAUUAUUGUAACACAGUCUAUUGGAGUGGCAGUGGGUACUAUUGCCCCUGCACUCAGAUGGUUCACUGCUGCCAGCUUCAAGAGUUCAGAAUUAGGGAGCAAAAGCUUCAAAGACGAAUUCAAAAUCGAGACUUAUUGGAUUCAGAGGCUUGUCGACUGGAGAGAAAGAUCGUUGCCUAUACACGUUCCACACCACAAGUGCAGAAAACUUUUUCAAGAUGCAAAAUGGCUAAUUCUCAAUUUCUGUAUUGGUGUUCAGAUUCUAAUUGUUUUGGUGAGCAAACUUUUUCUUCUUAUUUCUGCUUCAUUCCUCCACCACAUCAAUAGGUUGAAGAUAUUCAUUAAUGAUGCUGUUAAAAUCAAGAGAAGAUCAGAAUCUGGCGAGGGCACCCAGCCGGAUCUUACUCAGUACGUUCUGCUUCUUGAAGGAGAGGCAAAAGUCCCUAAAAAGAUCUUGAAGAACAUUUGCAAUGAAGUGGACAAGCUGAUGCAGAAAUCUAUAAGAAAGCAUCCAAAGAACCUAAUUGAACUUCUAAAUAAAUCUACCAACUUCAAUGGGGUUAGAGAAUUUGACAGUGAUGAAAUUCCAAGAUUAAAUUCCAUGGCCGAGCCUCCUAAUUGCUGGUCUCUAACUGUUGUGACUCUUACAAGCAUUGCAAUUUCACUUCCUAACAUCCCAAAUGACCGUGCUAAUCAGUUAGUUAGGUGCGUCGGUGAAGGCUUAUUGUUGCUAAAACUUAUAGAGAAAAGCCUGGAUAGAAAUGGAGCUUUGGUAAACAUCAGAAAUGCAGCCAAUGUUGUAUGGGUCAAAGUUGAAUUAUAUCGCAAGUGGCUAGAUAAGGAUCUCCAUAAAUCAAGUCUCCAAGGCAGAACCUCCGAGGAAACACUUGAAGAGCUCUCCAAUGAAUCUAAAAGGACUGUAAUGGAGUUCCACAGAGACGUGAAUGAUUUCCUCAUGGAAAAUCCUCUAAAUUGGCCAGUUAAGAUCAUAGCUGCUAAUUCAAUGUACCGAACCAGUCAAACUAUUUUGAUGUCCCUUGGCAAUUACCGAACAAAUGAUCCGGGACUGUUUGACCAUUUAUCCCUCAUGAUUGCAGAUAUACUGGCAGCUUCCCUUACCAAUUUACCACAUGUUAUAACUACAAAAUGCCACAAUAAUUCUUUGAAGGAAGGGGAAAAGAGUAUUCGUCAAGGAAACUGAAGAAAUUCUUGAAAUUCUUCAGCAGCGUGAGAUGCCAAACUUGGAUCCCAAUAAAGCAGCUUAUAUUGAAGAGUGGCGCAAUUUAAUGCAUCAAGAUAGAGAAAAUCUACUGGCCUAGUUCAAGCAUUGUAAAUGCAACUCAACAAUCCAUUGGAGAACAUGUGGCUAUUGAACUGCAGGGCUGAGUGCGAGAACACAAGCAAGUAGGAAAAAUAGUUACUUCAUUGCUGCAAUACUUAGGUCAUGUCCAAAUGCACGAUUUCUCCCCUCCUUCCCUUCUAUGAUUAGCAAUGUUUAUGCAAUUAUCUCGUUAUAUUGUUGUGAUAUUAUACUUGCAAUGUUCCUAAAUCUAUGAAUUAUCAUCCGUUUGGGAUUU